GUUCGUGUUCCGUUGUGUCAACAUCAUGAAACUUACUGACACUUUCUUCAAGACUCAUCGCCGUGAUCAAUUGGUAGGCUUAUGGACCGAUCAACUCUGCUCACUUGGCCUUACUAACCCAGUGUCAGNNAUCGAAUGGAUCAAGGGGCUCCUUGCUGUCCCGUUCGUACUUCUAUCUCAGCCUACCGCAUUGUUUGGGCAAGAUGGCAUACAUGGCACAGACGAGAUGGCUCGCAAUGCCCACGAGCGGUAUGCUCAGAUCAUGAGUGAUGUUGAAGGGCUCAUCAACGACCACAUCUCUCGCCAAAAAGAAGGCACACAUACGCACUCUAAGCUCAAACUGCUAGUUCCAACUGUUGGUGUCUUCUUCACUCCUCUCAUGCUUAGGGAUGCAUUUGAAUGGCAAGAUUCAAGACGAUACAUAAGUUCAAGGAGAUUUGUGGCUCCCAGUUUCAACGAUAUUCGUCUGAUUCUAAAUACUGCCCAAGUCAUGUCUUUGGUCAAACACAGCCGUCUGGACCUUGUCACAUUUGAUGGCGAUGUUACACUUUAUGAUGAUGGCCAGUCUCUGACAGAUGACAACCCAGCCAUUCCUCGCAUCUUGGAACUGAUGAGAAAUGGCACUCGCAUCGGCAUCGUGACUGCAGCUGGCUACACCGAAGCAUCCAAGUACUAUGGUAGACUACACGGUCUGCUCGAUGCCAUAGCUACGUCCGACCUCCCAGAUCACGUCAAGAAGAAUCUCAUUGUUCUUGGAGGAGAGGCAAGUUACCUGUUCCAGUUCGCUAGUGAAAGCCCGGAUAGACUCGUUGCAAUCCCGCGCAAGCAGUGGUCGCUCCAGGAGAUGCAAUCUUGGACGCAAGAGGAUGUUACAGAGCUGCUGGAUAUUGCAGAAAAGUCCCUCCGCAGUUGUGUCGACGCCAUGAGGCUCAAGGCUGACCUUCUUCGAAAAGAAAGAGCAGUCGGCAUAAUUCCAGUCGAAGGAUUCAAGCUCUCGCGAGAACAGCUGGAGGAGACUGUCCUUGUCUGCCAGAAGACACUGNGCGGAAGCGACGUCUUCAUUGACAUUGGCGACAAGUCCUGGGGUGUUCUGAGUUGUCAGAGAUACUUUGGUGGAAUAGAAGGAAACAAGUCUCUCCACGUCGGCGACCAAUUCUUGUCAAUUGGAGCAAAUGAUUUCAAGGCCAGGCUUGCGUGUACGACGGCAUGGAUUGCUAGCCCUGCAGAGACAGUUGCACUCUUGGACGAGAUUUCUCAGCUCUCGACAGCUCCCGAGUCGCUCCCAAAAGACGCCAACUUUGAGGACCAAGGGAAGAUGGUG